CACACUACUCACUAAAAAGAACUAGCUAAAGCUAAUAUGGCAAAGGCUUUCUUCUUCUUCUUCUCAUUGCUGCUUCUUCAAACACUACUCAUCAUGAUCAUUGCAACAAGCCAUGUUGAUGCAAUGUUUCAACUAAAAGAAGCAACCAUCGACGAAAUCCAAAGCGCUUUUGCGCGAAACGAAAUCACGUCAAAGCAACUAGUUAAGUUGUAUAAAGAUGAGAUCUUUAAAAGAAAUCCUAUCCUCAGUGGCGUCUCGGAUCUAAAUCCGGACGCAGAAUUUGAGGCUGAGAAAGCCGACGAAGAGCGGGCGGCCGGAAAAAAAGGGACAAAGUUGAGUGGAAUACCGAUGUUAGUAAAAGACAACAUUGUAUACAAAAAAAACCAAAUGAGUACGACGGCCGGUUCGUAUGCGCUUGUUGGGUCGGUGGUGGCAGAGGACGCUUUUGUGGUGAAGAAGUUGAGGGAGGCUGGGGCCAUCAUUAUUGGCAAAGCCACCUUGAAGGAAUGGGCUGGCUUUAGGUCUUACAAUAUGCCUGGUGGUUGGUCUGCCUAUGGUGGCCAAGGCAAGAACCCUUAUAACCUAAGCAAUGAAGUGUGUGGAUCAAGCAGUGGAUCAGCAAUAUCAAUGGCAGCAAACUUUGCAACGGUGUCAUUAGGGACUGAAACCGACGGCUCAAUAAUUUGUCCUUCAUCAUACAACUCAGUCGUUGGAAUCAAACCCACCGUUAACCUCACUAGCAGAUCCGGCGUGGUCCCUAUUUCUCGAAGACAAGAUUCCGUUGGGUAG